AUGUUCAUUACAGUUAAGCAGCAAUGCCAGAUUCUUCCCUCUCACCGAGAAAGAGGAGCAGCAGAUCGAUCGGCUCGAGCGCCUGGAUCUCCGCGACGCCGUGCAGCUCCUCGAGGAUCGAUCCGUGUCGCCCAGCGCCGAGGUGCUGGCCUGGUACCUCCGCCGCUGUGGGAGCGAGGCCGCCAUCGCCGAGGGCAAGCGCAUCCACUACCACAUCGUGCUGUGUGGAUUCAAGAGCAGCAGAUACCUUUGCAAUCUCCUGGUAGAGAUGUAUGGCAAGUGUGGCAGUCUCCAGGCGGCCAAGAGCGUCUUCCACAUCACGCCCAGGAGGAACGUUUUCUCGUGGACUAUCAUGGUAGCAGCAUUUGCCCACAAUGGGCAUUACAUGGAUGCGCUCAAUCUCCUGGAGAUCAUGGAUCUCGAGGGGAUUUCGCCCAAUUCCAUCACCUUCAUCGAGCUCCUGGGGGCCGUGGCGGCACUGUCGUGGCUGGAUCGAGGAGCUUGGCGGACGCUUGCAGCGUGUUUGAGAGCCUCACGAGCAGGAGUGUGAUCGCCUGGACCGCCCUCGUCGCUGCCUACGCUCUCAAUGGAUUCUUCCGCGACGCGCUCAAGGUGUUCUUGCUCAUGACGCUCGACGGCGUGGAGCCGACCGAGGUAACUUUCGUCACGGUGGUGGAUGUGUGUGCCGAUAUCGCCGUGUUUGGCAUUGGCAGGGAAGUUCACGGGGUGAUCGACGCCAGGAGCGAGGCCAACGUUUGCGUGGGGAACGCUCUCAUCAACAUGUAUGGGAAGUGCGCCAGUCCCGACGAAGCGAGGAAAGUUUUCGACGCGAUGCAGAGGAAGGAUAUCAUCACCUGGAACUCGAUGAUCGCGGUCUACGGACAGAACGGCUAUGGCUUCCAGGCUCUAGAGAUCUACAAACGGAUGCAAGAGAGCCGAGUUCUUCCGGAUGGCGUGACUUUCACCAGUGCCUUGGACGCCUGCUGCUGCAACUCGUCACUUCUAGCUCGAGGACAAGCGAUCCACGAUCAAGCCAUCGCCGCGGGACGUGAGAGAGAGGCAACCGUGAACUCGGCACUGAUCAACAUGUAUGGGAAGUGUGGGAGGCUGGAUCUGGCGAGGAAAGUUUUCGACGAGACUGAAUCCACCAACGCAGUCUCGUGGAACACGAUGAUCAUGGUCUACGCACAGAACAGCCAUCUCAGGGAAGCUCUGGAGCUCUUCUCGGAGAUGACCAUCCUCGGGAUCACACACGACGACAUCACUUUCAUCGGGGUGCUCUUCGCUUGCAGCCAUGCCGGGCUCGUCAAGGAUAGCUGCAAGCUCUACAGCUCCAUGAUCGGCGACUACGGCUUCAAGCCGACGUCUCUCCAGUGCGGCUGUCUCAUCGAUCUCCUGGGACGAGCCGGGUGGCUGGACGAAGCCGAGGAGUUCAUCAACUCCAUGCCAUACCAUCCGGAUCACACCAUCUGGACGAUACUCCUGGGAGCUUGCAUCACUCACGCGGACGUGGAGCGAGCAGCUCGAGCGGCGGACCGGAUCAUGGCGCUGAGGCCCACGGACUCGGGAUCCUAUGUCGCGCUCUCCAACUUGUACGCUCUCGCGGAGAGGUGGGACGACAUGGCCAGGAUGAGAAAGCUCAUGGACCAGCGUGGAGUCUUCAAGAUGGCCGGGAAGAGCUCCAUCGAGAUUGGUGGAGUGCUGCACGAGUUCAUCGCUGGGGACACCUCGCACCCGCGGAAGCGUGAGAUUUACGAGGAGCUGCGGAGGAUCGAGGGGGUGAUCCGCGAGAGAGGCUACGUCCCGGAUAUCAAGGCUGUGUUGCACAACGCGGCGAGAGAGGCCAAGGAGAAGAUGUGCUGCUUCCACAGCGAGAGGCUGGCGAUUGCGUUUGGGAUGAUCUCGAGCCCGGGUGGGACUGAGCUCCGGAUCAUGAAGAACUUGCGUGUCUGCCCCGACUGUCACUCGGCUACCAAGAUCAUCUCCAAGUUUUCGGGCAGGAAAAUCAUCGUCAGGGACGCAAAUCGCUUCCACGAGUUCCGGAAUGGUUCCUGCUCGUGUGAAGAUUAUUGGUAAGUGUCUCUUUUCUGGUAGAACACACCUCAAGAAUCAUUAAAUCUAUUCAUGAAGAACUGUCUUUGCAAUC